CAACUUUCAAGUUGCGUCUUGCAAAGCUUCCAAGAUUUCAACGACGCCCUUUUCCAAUCCGUAGAGGAAGUCCGGUGCAGAGAGCCUACGACACAAUGAUCACCCAAUCUGCGCGGCGGCCGCUGAGCAGCUGGAAGGCCGUCCUGCGACGUACCCGCCAGCAGCGGCAACAGCAGAUGCCGCAGCUAUUCCGCGCAAUGGCUACCGAAGCAACUCCCACGGCCUCUGCUUCUACACCACCACCACCACCUCCUCCUCCUCCGGCCGCCGUGAAACCCACGCUCUACGUCCGAAAAUCCAACCUCCCCCACAAACCCAUCCGCACCGCCUUCGCAGUCUACCCCCGCGUGCCCUCGGCUCGCAAAUCGCACCCCGCCCCACUAGACUCGUACCACGCGCAACAAAUCCACCGCCUAGACUACACCGGCGCCCGGCGCGCCCUAUUCUCCAAGUCGAACCCCGACGCCGCGAAGCCCGGCGACGUGCUGCAGGUAUCCACGCGCCGCGGAGGCGGGGAGCCCUUCGCGGGCGUAUGCCUGUCGAUCCGACGAGCAGGCGUCGACACCGCGAUCCUGCUGCGCAACCACCUGAGCAAAGUCCCCGUCGAGCUCUGGUUCAAGAUCUUCUCGCCCAACAUCACCGGUAUCGAAAUCGUCUGGCGACGGCCUAAGCGCGCCCGCCGCGCGAGACUCACCUACAUGCGCAAGCCGAAGCACGACAUGGGCAAUGUCGAUCACCUGGUCGCUGCCUGGCGGCGCACGAGGAAUGUGUUUACGACGAAGGGCCGGGGCAAGGGGAAGAGUGCUAGCGCGGUGGGUGCGAAGCGGUAGGGUAGGUAGGUAGUUAAGGGGGAGGCUGUAGAAAGUACAUAGAUUUAUGGCAGAGGAUGAGAUCAAGAGAAAUGUAACAACUUACUUUUCACUCGAUAUUGGUCUUGAACUACUGGAAGGACAGAGCAAGAAAAUACAAGGAAUUGAGAGUUGUAUUGGAAUCUGCGUGUACAAAAAUCCGUAGCUAGCUAUUCGGUAGACGUGUAACAUACAAAUAUCACAUACCUAUCAUCGUUCAAAGUCUACGUUUUUAAUAUAAC